GCGAGGCGGAUGCCGCGCCGGGAGGAGGUGGAGAGUGAGCCCGAGGGGUGGGGAGCCCGGGAAUUCCCUCCUCUUGAGGUAGCGAGUCCGGGGCCCACCGUGCCUUCGUCGCUGCCGCCGGGCGCUCUGGACGCGGAGGUGGAGGACGGAGAGGGCCCCGCGGGCCUCGCCUCCGCCCACCGCCCCCUCCCCGCUACCCGAGUUGCAGCCGCAGAGACUCAUGCGAGCGCGGCUGGAGGGCAGGAGGUAGGAGGCAGUGAUGGCUCCUGUGCAUUGAUACUGGCGCACUGGUGGAUCUGGACUGAAGUGAUGGUCUACCCUGGAGCUACUAGGAUGGAUUUGAUAAUGGGCUGCAUUAAAAGUAAAGAGAACAAAAGUCCAGCCAUUAAAUACAGAACUGAAAACACUCCAGAACCUGUCAGUACAAGUAUCAGCCAUUAUGGAGCAGAGCACACUGCAGUGACACCAUCCUCUUCAGCAAAGGGAACAUCUGUUAAUUUUAGCAGUCUUUCCAUAACACCAUUUGGAGGAUCCUCAGGGGUGACGCCCUUUGGAGGAGCAUCUUCCUCGUUCUCAAUGGUGCAAAGUUCCUACCCUGCUGGUUUAACAGGUGGUGUUACUAUAUUUGUGGCCUUAUAUGAUUAUGAAGCUAGAACUACGGAAGACCUUUCAUUUAAGAAGGGUGAAAGAUUUCAAAUAAUUAACAAUACGGAAGGAGACUGGUGGGAAGCAAGAUCAAUUGCUACAGGAAAGAAUGGCUAUAUCCCUAGCAAUUAUGUAGCCCCUGCAGAUUCCAUUCAGGCAGAAGAAUGGUAUUUUGGCAAAAUGGGGAGAAAAGAUGCUGAAAGAUUACUUUUGAAUCCUGGGAAUCAAAGAGGCAUUUUCUUAGUAAGAGAGAGUGAAACUACUAAAGGUGCUUAUUCCCUCUCUAUUCGUGAUUGGGAUGAGGUAAGGGGUGACAAUGUAAAACACUACAAAAUUAGGAAACUUGACAACGGUGGAUACUAUAUCACGACUAGAGCACAGUUUGAUACUCUGCAGAAAUUGGUUAAGCACUACACAGAACAUGCUGAUGGUUUAUGCCAUAAGUUAACAACUGUGUGUCCAACUGUGAAACCACAGACUCAAGGUCUAGCAAAAGAUGCUUGGGAAAUCCCUCGAGAAUCUUUACGACUAGAGGUUAAACUAGGACAAGGAUGUUUUGGUGAAGUAUGGAUGGGAACAUGGAAUGGAACCACAAAAGUAGCAAUCAAAACACUAAAACCAGGUACAAUGAUGCCAGAAGCCUUUCUUCAGGAGGCUCAGAUAAUGAAAAAAUUAAGACAUGAUAAACUUGUUCCACUAUAUGCAGUUGUUUCUGAAGAGCCAAUUUACAUUGUCACUGAAUUUAUGUCAAAAGGCAGUUUGUUAGAUUUCCUGAAGGAGGGAGAUGGAAAGUAUUUGAAGCUCCCACAACUGGUUGAUAUGGCUGCUCAGAUUGCUGAUGGUAUGGCAUAUAUUGAAAGAAUGAAUUAUAUUCACCGAGAUCUUCGGGCUGCUAAUAUUCUUGUAGGAGAAAAUCUUGUAUGCAAAAUAGCAGAUUUUGGAUUAGCAAGGUUAAUUGAAGACAAUGAAUAUACGGCAAGACAAGGUGCAAAGUUUCCAAUCAAAUGGACAGCUCCUGAGGCUGCCCUAUAUGGUCGAUUUACAAUAAAGUCUGAUGUAUGGUCAUUUGGAAUUCUGCAGACAGAGCUGGUAACAAAGGGCAGAGUGCCAUAUCCAGGCAUGGUAAACCGUGAAGUGCUGGAACAGGUGGAACGAGGAUAUAGGAUGCCUUGCCCUCAGGGUUGUCCAGAAUCUCUGCAUGAAUUGAUGAAUCUUUGUUGGAAGAAAGACCCUGAUGAAAGACCAACAUUUGAAUAUAUUCAGUCCUUCUUGGAAGACUACUUCACUGCUACAGAGCCACAGUACCAGCCAGGAGAAAACUUAUAAUCCAAAUAGCCUUUUAUAUGCACAAAUCUGCCAAAAUGUAAAGAACUUAUGUAGACUUCCUCACUGACAUACAGGAAUCAAAAGAAGAUAAUUAUCUUCACUCUGCAUGUUUUUAAUGAUAAACUGGAAUUCCAGAUAUGGUUGCACAAAACCACUUUUUUUUUUCCUCCAAGUGUUAAACUCUCAAGUACCGAUGAUGAAUUUUCCAACUUAUUUCAGGGUCCAAAGAAAGUAUAGUUAAGAUAUUGAUGACAGUGAGACUGAUAGCAUGACAAUGAAGAGCAUCAGGCUACUAUUUUAUAAAUUACUUCUUUGUUUUAUUCGCCAAACUCAGACUUGAUUAGAGAAAAUUAUUUUUCAUUAUAGACAAAACUUGGAGAUGAAAACAGUUAUACUACAAUAAAAUCUAAAAUUAAGGAAUUUCAUGGGACCAAACAAUUCCAUUCCAGUUUUUAGAAAUUUCUUGCAUUCAUUAUUCUGAGAAGUUUUUUCUAAAUUGGACAGUCUCCUUUUGCAUGGAAAUGGGCCAGGCUCUCAGAAGCAAAAAGGGAUAUGAACAACUCUAAAAUUGAUUAAAUAUUAGAUGACAGUAGUGGAAUUUGAAAGAAUAAUUCACUUGUUAAUACUCAUACUCAUGGAACUGGAAAGUAGAAGAAAUUUUUCACUUUAAUGGUUUUCUGAAUAGCUCGAUUUAGCAUAAUGAAAGUAACUUACUAAGUGGGUUAAUCUGUCAUAAGAUUGCAUUUUUUUAAGGCAAUAUAUCCAAUUGAAGGGGAAAUGUUUUAAUCUUUAGAUAGCAUGAAAAAAUAAGACCAAGCAUUUAAGCAGUCCUUUUGAAACAACAGACUGGGACUGUGAGAGAUUGCUAAUGUGUACUUAUGGUGAUGGGUGCCACAAAUAUAAAAUAUCACUAGAUCAGGGACUUGAAUGCACUUUUGCUCUUACUGAAUAUAGACUAACAGGAAAAUGUAUUUAAAAGAAAUAUGAAAAAAGAAAAUGUGAAAGUUAUGCAGCUAGAGGGAUGGGACAUUAUGCUUGGUGUCGAUGUUAAGGAAAGACAAGAGACUUUGCUGGCACUCCAAGCUCCUCACUUAACUGUUCUCUGGGAUUUUAAGAGUUAAUAAGGUAUGAUUAUAAAGCUAAUCUUCCUUAACGUAAACACUAAAUGGGUGUUAUACCCUCAAAAAUACCUAAGUUAAGGCUUCUCAUUUAAUCCAGUGAUACAACUUUCAUUUAAAACAUUUUCAGAACUCCAGUUUUCAAAUUUGUGUUUAAAUCUACAUUCACUUUUAAAAAAUACAUAAUGGUAAUCAUUUUUUUCUUCUUAGAAUUUAGUUGAUUUGGGGAGAAAAACUCAGAAUCGUAACAGUGGUGAAAGAGGGUAUAGUUUUGUCCAUUUAAAGUAAAGUGAAACAUACAAAAUAAAACUGAUUUUUAUGACUAACUCAAAAAGAAAUUCCAAAGUAUGAAUUAGAAGAACAACAUUAUAGGUUUAACUGGUCCAGUAAAGGAACUGAAUCCAACAAAUAAAAGUUGGGUAUUUAUAUUUAAAAAUUUUCUCUUUUUAUCAUCACACUUUAAAUAAAGCAAUACAUCUGGUCCCUUAUUUUAGAAUUACAAUUUUUAACUACCAUCACUUACCUGAUUUAAUCAUUAGAUUAAAAACUUUGUGCCGUGGUAUCUAUGUUGAAAUUGAGACCAUUUUAAGAUGUGAGAGAUGAACUUCAUGCAAAUGGCAACAGUCUGGUACUAAAAAUCAUGGUGGUUUCUUAUGUUUACGUAACCUGCUUAGUAUUGAAUUACUCUUCCUAAAAGAAGACUGCCAUUGUCAUUUACCCUUAACAUCUACAACCUGUGAGAUAAGAUUUUUUAAGGGUUUUAUGUGAACUAUGAUAUUAUAAUUUUUCUAAGCAUUUAAAAAAUGAUAACAAAAUUAUAUGUUUCUGUACUAAUUCUGUUGAGAAAAAUAAGCCAGGUAAAAUUGAUGGUAUUAGGUUUUAACUGAAUAAUGGGUUCCUUAUAAUAGCAAUUGUACAGUAAGGAAAUAAAACACUAACUUAAUGUGUAUUCAGUUUAAAUGGUCAUGUAUUUUUUAAAUUGCCAAGAAAAAUAAACAACUUUGUACAUUUGAAGUUCUUUUUCAAUAGCUUUUUGUUUUCAGUUAUCUUAAUGUGGAACUUAACCCUUACCAAAAAAAAAAAGUUGGCAGAAACAACCUUCUAGCACAAACACCUUUUUAAGUGAAUAAUGGUAGCCUAAAACAAUAUUUUUAUAAAGUAUUACACUAAUGUUUUGUGGAUAACUGAAAUAAAAGUUCUCAUUGAAUGUACCCAUUUAUCAUUUUAGCCACUAUUCACAUUUUUUCAUCAGUUUCUUAAAAAACUGGUAUUUAAAGCAAAGUAUAUUCUGGGUUUUUUAUUCAAUUGGAAAAAAAGUGCUCAGUUAUAACUCUUAAGCAGAGUUAAAUCAAUUAUUUAUUAAAUUCAGAACAUUAUUUAACUCGUCCUCUGUGGUUGAUCAUCUGUCAGGUUGAUGACAUUAUUACAGGUUGGCUUUUUUUAAAAUUAGACCAACCACUACAGUUAACAUAUUUGCAUACAGUAUAUAUACACAUAUCUUAAUGUACAGAGAAGCCUAAGUGAUUUGAAUGAAGCUAUUCACAGAGAAUAUGUGUGAAGGAUAUAAAAUAGAACGGCCAUUUUUUACUGUAAGGGACUUAAUUUUCUAAAAAUGAAAAUUAUGUGAUCCUUCUUUCUGUGUGUUUUACAUUUAUAAUAACAAUAAAUUAUUAAAUUGUGAA